CACUCGUGGCACCCAAUUUCAAUUUCAAAUUUCCUCAAUUAAAACGCACACGUAUAAACACCAAAUUCCAAACUACGCCUCCUCACUCUCUCGAUCACUACGAGCUCUCCGAAGCUCGCGAUUCGAAGGGGCUCGGCGAAAACCCUAGCUCGAUCGCGGAGGUUUCUAGGGCUUCGAUCUCCGCUCGGAAUGGGAUGCUUGUUUGGUUGUUUCCGGAUCAAAGAUGAUGAUCGAGGGGAUCACUUCAUCUCCAGCUCGAUUGCUUCCGCGAACAAGCAGAUUAAUGGGGAGAAAUUGGUGUCGAAGAAUCAAUUAGCAGCUAUUUUCUUACGGGAAGAUAAAGGUUCUCCCUGUGAAAAAAGCUUGUAUCAAAAUUCACAAGAGAGGCGUGAUAAAGAGAGGUCAGAUAGAGAACUCAAGGAUGAGGCCAAGUUUCUUAAAUCUUUUGGCACUUUACUAGAAACACCAGAAGAAAUUCGAAAAGCAUCUGAAAGUGGAAAUGCUGAAACUCUUGAUCAGGGUGGUGUGCCUCCUGUUCGCUCAUGGCUCCCUGGUAUAACUGGUAAAGCACUUUUUACUGAAGGACAACAAGUUGCUGAAGUUUCAGAAAAUGGAAGCUCUAUUAGCAAGGGACAUCAAACCUCAGUGCAGCACGAGAGUACGGUAAAACAUGACUCUGGUCUCAAGUGUCGGAUUGGCAGUGUAACUUCGAAUACAUCACCGCAAGAAAGCAAAGAAAGCCAUCUUCCAUCCUUUGGUUCUAAAUGUGAACCCUUUCCGAUGCUGUUAAAACUGACUGAGGAAAUGCAAACUCCAGCAACUGCUUAUCCAGCUGAUCAAGAGUCACUCAAAACCAGAAAAAACGCUAGAAUCUGUACACAAUACAUGUAUCCAGUUUUAAAUCCUGUACACAACCUAUCUCAAGCUUCAGAACAUACAGAUUCAGAAUUGUGUGGAAACCAUGCAUUUAGGGAGAGUCAAAGAAAUGCAGUGACACCUUGGGCCAAUAGAGCAAAGGGACCAUUAAACCAGGAUGAUCCAGAACUUGCUGUUCCCAGUUUAUCUCAAUGGUUGAAACCCCCAGUGGCUAAUAGUGGAGGGAGGUACGAGAUAUCUCCAAAGUCCAGGUCUCAAUCUGGAAUGAGCUCUGAUGUGGACAGGCCUAUUAUCGGAAUGGUUGCUGCACAUUGGAAUGAGGAAGAAUCAGAUCCUGUUCCUCCAAAGUGGUGGGACGGAAAUGGCAUCCCCAACUCGACGAACAAGUAUAAAGAGGAUCAGAAAGUAAGCUGGCAUGCCACCCCGUUUGAGGAGAGGCUAGAGAAGGCUUUAUCAGAAGAGAAACUACAGUCCCAAAGGAAACAUUCUAAUGGGAAAUCAAUUGAGUUCAGGGAUGAAGGUGAGGAAAGUGAUACAGCAGCAUCCUGAAACUUCUAGUCAUAUUUCUUGCUCCGUCGUUGCUAGUCUGUGAUCGUAGCUCUUCGAGUUCUUGAUGUGUCAUUAAGGCAGUGUUGCAAUAGUUGGUUUUUUUUUUCCAAGCGGUGGUUUCUGUUGCUCAUUCCAGUUUACUUCUGCCAUCAGCAACCAGCAGCAUCAAAAAAUGAGGUAUUAGUUUUUGCUGCUUGUUCUUGUACAAAAAGAAACUUAGAAGUCAUCAAUGCUUUUGAUGCCAAAUAGUUUUCUGGUAUGCAUUACUAGUUCAGUUCAUUUUUGCUUAAGAUCAUUCUAGUUUCUGUUUCGACUAUGUUGAUUUUAACUGCUUCAGAGGUUGUAUUGCAUCUAUGAAUUCUGAGGGGCUUUUACUUUUCUUUUU